AGGUGAGGUGAGGGUGUGUCAUUCCUCGCUCCGGAGUUCUCUUGUCUGGUUCCAAGGUAUUACCCGAGAGAACGCUGGUAUUUUCAAACGAUUCUUUUAAUUUAAAAAGAUUACAGUGUGAGUGUAAGAGAUCGUACACAGGCUGGUGGUGAACGACACGAAACAUUAAGUGGACUUUUGUUAAUAUAUGAAAUUUUUGUGCAUUCAUCAUCAAAAGCAAUUUGGAAUUUACUUUGCAUCUGAAAAAGAUAAGGAAGAGUAUCACCAGGACUCUCUCUGAGCACCAACACGUCGCCUCGUCACCACCUUGUUACCGCCGCUUCGCCAUCUCGUUACCACCACGUCACCACCUCGUCACCAAAAUGCUGCAGUAAGAACGUGAACCUCUCAGAUCAACAACAACAACGGAACAAGAACUCCCUGGCAGACCUCGAGGAACACCAUUGAAUAUUCUCAUUAGUAACUGUAUACAAAAGUCUGGCGACAUUUUUCAGAAAGUGGAGAGAAAGUUUGUGAAAAUAUGACUCCUACGUAACGAUACUUUGAUGUGAUGUAUAUAUAAGAUAGUCAAGGAGUGUAAAACUGUCUCAGAAAAGAUAGUUGACUGUGAAAGACUCGGGGACUAUACAGUCUAGGAUUCCUGCCUUCUGGAGCAGGACUUGAGAGACCCAAUGUUGUGGUUGGUGUGAGACGACCACCCACCAGCAUGGAGCCUCCACCAAGGCCACCGUUACUACAACUGCUGCUGCUCUUCUGCUGCCUGUCGGUCACCCCAAUCUCUUCCCUCCACACUGGUCAUUGUGAUGCCGCCCUGGGUAUGGAAUCUGGUGCCAUCCCUGACGAGCACAUCUCCGCCUCCUCCUAUUUCGACGCCGCCGUUAACGCCAUCUAUGGAAGGGCGCGGCUGGAGCUGGGAGGAGGCGCCUGGUGCCCCAGGGAGAUGGUCUACCGUGAGGGCACACAGUUCCUGGAGGUCAACCUCGGCGGCCUCCACGUGGUCACCAAGGUGGAGGUCCAGGGAAGGUUCGGCAACGGUCAGGGUAAAGAGUUCGCCAAGCAUUACAAGAUUCAGAUGUGGCGGCCCGGCAUGGACCACUGGACCACUUAUAGUGAUGGUCGUGGUGAGGAGUUAUUAGCGGGCAACAGCAACACCUACUUGGCCCAGACCUCACAGUUAAGUCCGCCCAUCAUAGCGGCCAGGGUCAGGUUUGUCCCCUACAGCGACCACCCGAGGACUGUCUGUAUGAGAGUCGAGCUGUACGGCUGUCGCUAUACAGACGGACUGGUAUCAUACACGAUGCCUGACGGACCCCAGGGCGGCGACUACAACCUUCGUGACCUGACCUACGACGGGUCACGCAAGGGUGGCUGGCUCUCAGGUGGCCUGGGUCAACUGACUGAUGGUGAAACAGGUCACACCAACUUCCGGGUCGACGCCCUCGGCCGUGGCAGAGGCUACGAGUGGAUUGGAUGGAAGAACGACUCCCGCCAGACGCAGCCGGUGGAGAUCACCUUCGAGUUCGACUCCGUCAGGAACUUCACCGGCCUCCACAUGUACACCAACAACUUCUUCACCAAGGACACCCAGGUGUUCUCGCGGGCGCGGGUGCUGUUCAGCGUGGGCGGGGAACACUACCACGUACAACCAGCUGUGGAGUUCGAGUACGUGGUGGACCGCAUCUUCGAGCACGCGCGCAACGUGACCAUCAGACUCCACAACGCCGCCGCCAAGUACGUCAAGCUGCAACUCUACUUCGCCCUCAGGUGGAUCCUCAUCUCCGAGGUCACGUUUGACUCAGAACCUUGUCGGUGUAACAUGACGGAGCCUGCCGCCCAUACCGACGGAGGUGGAGGAGAAGGCGGUACCGGUGGUUCCUGCGCACUCUACUUCUUCAGGAUUCUUAGUAGGAGGACUCGUGACCUCAGGUGUUGUGUUUGGGGUGGUGCCAGUGGCUCUGUGUAUCCUGUAUUACCGACUGAGGCUGACCAAGAAGACCAGUAA